AUGGCCAACUCAAGCAAAGUUCCUGAAAGCGAGCACGCUCGUCUGCAAAACGACUUCGGCGCCGAUUACUGGGUUCGCAAGCCUGAAGCAGAGCAAAGGCGUCCUACCCUUGGACGAGGCUUGUUUGCCGGUCUCCAGGACACAAAGCACUACAAUGUUGAGAGUGGCUGGGCACGACGCAAGCCUACAGAUUCUCAGCCUGGAAUUUUGGGCUCGCUGUGGAGUCGGUAUGUAUUUCCCUUGUUGCUAUUGAAUAGUAUAAGCUGA